AUGAGACGUCUGCUGGGUUUGGUCAUUAAUGUGCCUAAAACAAUCAGGACCAUGUGGCGCAACGCCUCCUCGUUUACCUGUAAACCCACACCUGUCCUGCUGUGCACCUCGUCUUUACAGGGAGACCACAUCUUCAACGGGACAUCGACGACGCACAGCAGCAAGAAGAAGCCUCUGCUGUCUGAUCCUCAGCUGUUUGAUGCCCAGUUUGACGAGCUGGUGACGGAGCUGUCAGAGGGAGACAUCACAGACCCGGCGCUGGCUGAUGCUCUCAACAGGCUCAGAGAGGUUUUGGUGUACAAUUCCCCCGGAGGCAAGAGGAACCGAGGCCUGUCUGUGAUUGCAUCACUGAGGGAGCUUCUCCCACCUACUCAGCUCACACAGGACACAGUGCGGAGGGCUCUGUUGGUUGGCUGGUGCAUCGAGCUGCUUCAGGCAUUUUUCCUGGUGGCAGAUGACAUGAUGGAUGGAUCUGUGACUCGGAGAGGACAGCCCUGCUGGUACAAGAAGAAUGGAGUAGGUCUGGACGCCAUCAAUGAUUCAUUUCUCUUGGAAGGGUCAAUCUACAGACUGCUUCGCAGACAUUGCAGGGAUCAGCCCUACUACGUCCACCUACUGGAGCUAUUCACUGAGACAACUUUCCAGACCGAGCUCGGCCAAGCUCUGGACCUCAUGACGGCUCCUCCUGGUCAGAUUGACCUCAGCAGAUUCACCAUGGAGAGGUAUAAAGCUAUUGUAAAAUACAAGACUGCCUUUUACUCCUUUUACCUCCCAGUGGCAGCUGCAAUGCACAUUGCUGGAAUUGAGAGUGAAGAGGAACUCAAUAAUGCCAAACUCAUCUUACUUGAGAUGGGAGAGUUCUUUCAAAUACAGGAUGACUACUUGGACUGUUACGGAGACCCUGCUGUGACCGGAAAGAUUGGUACAGACAUCCAGGAUAACAAAUGCAGCUGGUUGGUGGUGAAGGCCCUGGAAACCAUGACUGCUGAACAGAGAGCAGAGCUGGAGGCAUGUUAUGCGCGCCAUGAUGAUGCCUCUGUGGAAAAGGUCAAAGCACUGUACGACACCCUGCAAAUGCCAACAUUGUACCAGAAAUAUGAGGAAGAGAGCUACCAGCGGCUACAGAAACUCAUCGCUUGUCACGCUAAAAACCUUCCUCACUCAGUCUUCCUCAACUUCGCCAAGAAAAUCUACAAGAGAAACAAGUGAAGGGGAACGGUGGUCAUAAACCACGUCAGGGGCAUCAGCCUGGUUCCCUUUUGACUUCUAUCAUGAUACACAGAUCAACUCUUCUCCCGUUUUUAAAGAGGGUUUACCCGGGACGAGGCUGACUCCCAACAGCAUGACCCGAACAGCACUUAGAAAUCCUGCAGGCAGUUUCUUAACUUUGCAGUUGUUUAUAGAUAUGUGGUUGUGAAUGUCGUCAAACAGACGACCUCUUCUACUCCAUAUACUACCUAUUUAUUUAUUGACCCCGGUACAUAAUGUACAGUGUCUCCAGUCAUUUCCCAUGAUAGAAUAAUAACACUGUUAUGAAUCACACAUAGUGUAGCUUUCAUAUCGGUCUGCCCUGAGGGGUGCAUGGCAGGAUGAAGAUACAAAUUAAUUCAGACAGUCAAAAUAGUUUUUAAUUUUAUAGGAAUAGAAGUAAAGUAAAUGUAUGACAGCAGAUGUAUCCUGGCAGAGGGUCAAACCUCAGCUUUCUAAUUGCAUAUAUUUUUAUAUUGCUGCUGUAAAGUCUGUACUGGCCUGAAUGUUAUUGCCUUUAAUAAAUAAUGUAUGAACA